AUGGCGUUGCUGCUCGAAAAGCUCAAUGAAGCUUUUGUGGCAGACCCCUCGAUAGACGAGUAUGCGCUAGUGCCCGCCGCGACACAGCAACUGUUUUCUCCCAGCGGACAGGAACAGCAGGAUGUUGGCUGCAUACAUGCGGAGCACAAGCUGGCAAUCUCUAUCGAGGCUGCCCUGAUACUCUACCUUCACGCCUACCAGGUCACGAAGCAGUCCGCAAAGGGCGGCUACCAAGCAACUCCGGCGGAUGCUGACCUGGCGGAGAGAAUACGGAAAAGCUCACGGGCUGUCUUGCUUUGCAGUGCAGACUGUACCAGUGCCUGGAGCGCAUGGAACCGGAUGAGAGUCCUGACUGGCAGUCACGAUGCCAAGGCUGACUUGCUCUUCAGCGCGCUGCUGUUGAGAACGAACCACAAAAGUGGUGAGACGUGGGCUCAGCGCCGGAAGCUUUUGGCCAGCGCUCUGCAGACAUCCAAGGAUGAUCAGCAGGCACUCCUGACCGAGGAGAUCUCACUGUUGGAGGAGCUGGCCAGGAGGUAUGACCAUCACUACUACGCUUGGAAUCACUGGGCAUGGCUGAACCGCUAUGCCACAAGCUUGUCAACUCAUGCAGAAUGGCUGCUUGAAGUGAAGUUCCCAAUGUUGGCCUUCAAGACCCCGUCCCACUACGGUCUUUUCCAUCACCGGCUUGUGAGAUUACAGCGGCUGCUUGAGAAGAACCAGCAUGGAAUCGAAGCCAGCUGCUUCAAAGAGGAAUGGGACUUGGCUGGUAAACUGCUGGCCGCAUUUCCACAUCUCGAGGCUCCCUGGGCCUUCCGCGCGCAGCUGGUGAGCCUUAAGCUGGAGCAUGGCAAGGGACUCCACGACGCUGCUUCAGUUUGGAGGUCGGAGGUGGCUGGAGCGGCGAGGCACAUGGAAUCGCCGCCAACCAGCAGGCUGGCCAUGCAAUUUCAGGUCCACGUGCUUCAGGAGCUGUGUCUCUACAUGCUGGAGGUUCCAGCUCCUGACCAGGAUCUCGCCCUACAAGAUGAAGCCCGAUCUCUGCUGGAGAAGCUCAAGGCUUCCAAGGCUGCUUCAACUGCAGUGCUCCGUGGCAUUGCAGCCGUAUGGGGCCCAGUUCAUGAGCCCUCUCACAGCUCAAGACCUUGGAUUGUGUCAAGCGGCGGAAGCAAGAGCCGUGAUGCUUGCUUGACACCAGUCUCACUAACUAACCUCGAGCAGUUCUGUGUCCUGAACCCAGCCAUCAACUGGUCGUCCUCGAAUCCUCUCAAGGACCUGGACGCUGCAGCGGCGUCUGCGAAGGCAGAAGCAUUGUGCGCAAAAUGCAUGCUCGAGCGGAGGAAGCUCGUUGUGGACGAGAACCUGAAGUUCAAGUGCGAAGAGAAUCGCCGGUACUACGAAGAGGAUGAAGUGGAGGAGGAGGGAGAGCUGGACGAGCAGCUCGUGUACGAGGGAGAUGAGUGGGUCUUCCGAAUGGAGAUGCCUGCCAUCUUCCACAGAUUCAUUGUGGGCUCCAGGGCCAGAAACAAGCAAAAGCUUGAGAUGGAGUCGGGAUGCAAAAUCGUGGUUCCCAAGCGCGAGGAGAUGGAGGAUGCCGUUUAUCUAAGAGCGCGGCAGAAAAGCAGCAUCUACAGCUGCAAGGCGCUUAUCGAGCUGCUGUGCGAAAAGGAGGAAGCCAAGCUAGAGUACACGCACUUCAUCUCUGUCCCCCUGGCCUACGACGACAAGUUUCGUCAGCUUGUCGACGGCUUUCGGGAGGACGUCGUUUUGCAGCGUUUCCAGGGCAUAGAUGCGUCCAUCUUCAUGCCAUCCCAGCGAAUGCACUUCACUCUUUGUAUGCUGAAGCUGCACUCGCAUGCUCAAGUGGAUGAGAUGAAGGAGGCCUUGAAGGACCUAUCUGCUCGUCUUUCGGCUACAUCGGACUAUGCAAGACCGGUUCUAGCUCACAUGAAGGGCUUGCACAUCUUUACAGAUGACCCCACAAGCGUUGGAGUCAUCUUCACCACAGAUCGGUCCAGGGAGUUGCAGAAUCGCAUGAAUUCUAUGGCCGACUCGAUGUUCGAGCUUUUCCAGGCACGAAACCUGGUAUCGGCCCAGAACUUGAUGUCCCAGCGGCUAUUGUCCUCAGACGGCCAGCAUGCGGAGGUCAAGCUCCAUGCAACACUGAUGAACACAAAGUAUGCGCGAUCUCGGUUUGAUGAUCGUGCAGCUCCCAGGGAGAACUUCGACGCCAGCGUACUGAUGGAGCGCUUCGGGCCCUGCAUCGACAUCCACAGCGGGCAGGUGAAACAGAUUGUCGGCGGCACCCUGAAAGACGACUCAGAGUCGCUGGUGACGAACUUCUCAGCUUCCCAGCCCUCGGGUUGGUUUGCGGAGAAGUACCGUAGUGAUGGACUGGGUGGCGGUCAUGCCAUCAUGCUGGGUGCCUCCGAUGCGAACAAAGCGGCAGCCCUGGAAGCCCUCAAGGCUUAUCCUGGUGGGCUGCAGGUCGGGGGAGGAAUCAACGCAGAAAAUGCAAUGGAGUAUAUCGAAGCAGGAGCCAGCCACGUGAUCGUCACCUCGUAUGUGUUCCAUGACGGGAAGGUGGACAAGGAGAGGCUGGCAGCAUUGGUUGAAAAAGUUGGCAAAGCGCGCCUAGUCCUUGACUUGAGCUGCAGACGGCUGCCAGAGGAGGACAAGGCCAAGAAGCCAGUGUACAAGGUGGUGACAGACAGGUGGCAGAAAUGGACAGACCUUGAGGUCACAGAGGAGACUCUCCGAGAGCUUGCGGAACACUGCAGCGAGUUUUUGGUACAUGGAGUCGACGUGGAAGGUCUUCAGAGCGGCAUUGAGGAGCCCCUUGUCCAGGUGUUGGCAGCCUCACCAAUCCCAGUGACGUAUGCCGGCGGGGUGCGAUCUUUGGAAGACAUGGAGAGGAUACGAGAACUAGGCAACGGGCGAGUGGACGCCACAAUAGGUAGUGCCCUGGACAUCUUCGGUGGGAAGCUGCCCUAUGAGGAGGUACUUCGUUGGCACCGCAAACAGCAGCAAGCAAAGGAUGAGCCUGGCAAGGAAGCAUGA